UUCUCUUGUUGAAGCUCCGAAUUCGCUCUCUCUCUCUCUCUCUCUGCUCUGAAUCGUUUAUCGUAAUUACCAUCAGCAAUGGCGACAUCUAUCGCAGCUCGCUUCUCCAGAAUAACCGCGGCCUCGGCAUUCUCUGGAUGCCGUAACGUGAUUGCCUCUCGUAGUUUCGCCACGGAGGCGGCCAAAACGAUCUUGCCAUCGUCAGAUCGAGUGAAUUGGGACUACAGGGGUCAAAGAAAGAUCAUUCCUCUUGGCCAGUGGGUCCCUAAGGUAGCUGUCGACGCUUACGUUGCCCCCAACGUUGUCUUGGCUGGUCAAGUAACCGUCUACGACGGAGCCUCCGUGUGGAAUGGCUGUGUCCUACGUGGCGAUCUCAACAAGAUCACUGUUGGGUUCUGCUCUAAUGUCCAGGAACACGGCGUCAUUCACGCUGCUUGGUCCUCGCCGACCGGACUUCCAGCGGAGACAUCAAUUGAGAGGUUUGUGACAAUAGGUGCAUACAGUCUCUUGAGAUCAUGCACGAUCGAACCAGAGUGCAUUAUUGGACAACAUUCAAUUCUUAUGGAAGGUUCCUUGGUGGAGACGCACUCAAUCCUUGAAGCAGGUUCUGUAGUUCCACCAGGUAGGAGAAUCCCAACUGGUGAGCUUUGGGCAGGAAAUCCAGCUAGGUUUGUUCGAGCCUUGACCCACGAAGAAACCUUAGAAAUCCCUAAACUUGCAGUAGCAAUCAAUGAUCUAAGCAAAGAACAUUUCUCAGAGUUCCUUCCUUACUCAACAGCAUAUUUAGAAGUUGAGAAGUUAAAAAAGUCCCUCGGAAUAACCAUUUGAUGAUUGCCUUUCAUUUCUAUUUUCCCAUAAUAUUGGCUGCCCCUAGUAUUCCUUGGAAGGAAAUAAGCAGCCAAAGAACACCAACAAGAAUAUUUUCUGUUGUUUAUCCAUGCAUUUCCAUCAUUAAAAAGACCACUGUAGUUGUGAGCU